AGGAUCAACCAUUCGAGCUUAAGACUACUCGACGGCGCUUGAUCCAAAAGUUUGGUUUCUCAACAUCCUGUUAGCGGAAGAAUGACGAUAAUGUCAAGCAAAAUUACGUGCUAUCUCGAUUGUGUAUCACCUUACUCGUACUUUGCUCUGCUCCAUCUUGAAAAGAAUCGAGAGGUACUUGCGUUGCACAAUGUGGAGAUUGACAUAGUUCCCGUCUUCCUAGGGGGUAUCAAUGUCGGCAGCGGCAACAAGCCGCCGUGGACGCUCCCCGCGAAAGGUGCAUACAGCAAGUACGACAGUGCGAGGGCGAAACAGUAUUUCGGUGUGCCAAAUACUAAGACCCCAUCGUUCUUUCCCAUCCUAUCACUCCUGCCUCAGCGAGCACUUGGGUACAUUAAGGAAACGCAUCCCCAGGCCUUUGUGUGUGCUUUUCUCGACGUAUUUCGUGGCAUGUGGGAGAUAGGUUUGGACGUCAGCAAACCCGAGCUACUCGCCCAAGUACUCCGAGAUCGGUUCAAGGAAGAUGAAGUGGGGCAGAUCAUGGAGAACGCAAACAGUGCCCCGUAUAAGCAGCGUCUGAACGACAACACCAAAGAAGCUCUUGACCGUGGUGCGUUUGGAUGCCCGUGGUUCUGGGUGCGUAACUCGAAAGGAGAGGAGGAGCCGUUUUUCGGAAGUGACAGGUUCCACUUCAUGUGGGAAUAUCUGGGAUUGCCAUGGCAAGACGUGCGGCUGGUGGCGCCGGAGCAAGCGAAGGCGAAGAUCUGAAAGAACCUGGACAAUGGAGUAUGCGUAGUGGAAGACUUGCAUUUAGACCAAUGCGUGAGGAAAUAGGAGAUGGAUGCCCAAGAAUUGCAUGAGACUGCAGGAAUUGGCUUGGUGAAUGCAUCUGCAGGCAAGGCCAAAGUUUCGAGAAGAAUGUUUCCACUCAUCUGGCAAUACUCGCUCAAUGUUCCAACACCUCUGCAAACUCGAGUAUC